GCUACUAUUAUCUUCCGACUCCUACGAGAUGCGCUGACAUAACGUCAUGCAAUGGGCAAAGGGCCGGUCAGGACGUGGCGCGAGGGUUUUAUUAUUGACCGUAGGUUUUAGAUGGCGACACUUUAACGAUGCACACCCAGGUGUUGUGUGGCGGCACGUCGGCGGCCGUCGCUGCCCGCAGAGUGCGGAACAUUUUGGGGUCUGUUCUGGGAAGAGACGGCUGGAAGUGGAGAACUCAUGAGGUCAAACUUCUCAACACCGCUUCAGGCGACACCGUGACGAUCGGGGAGAUCGCCUACAAACUCAAAACACCCCGGAAUCCUGAGCUCGUUCCAGUCAAACACAUUUCAGACUCCUUACCCCAGACGGUGGUUCAGCACCUACGAUGGAUCAUGCAGAAAGACCUCCUGGGGCAGGAUGUAUUUCUCAUCGGUCCCCCCGGACCGCUGAGACGAUCCAUAGCAAUGCAGUACCUUGAGUUGACCAAACGGGAAGUAGAGUAUGUCGCUCUGUCCAGAGACACCACGGAAACCGACCUGAAACAGAGGCGAGAGAUCCGCUCGGGGACUGCCUUCUACAUAGACCAGUGUGCCGUGAGGGCGGCGACCAAAGGCCGGGUCCUGGUCCUGGAGGGCCUGGAGAAGGCGGAGAGAAAUGUCCUGCCGGUGCUCAACAACCUGCUGGAGAACCGGGAGAUGCAGCUGGAGGACGGACGCUUCCUCAUGUCGGCCGAGCGCUACGACAAGCUGCUGCAGGAUCACACCACAGAUGAGCUGGACAGCUGGAAGAUCGUCCGGGUGAGCGAGGACUUUCGGGUCAUCGCUCUCGGCCUCCCCGUCCCCAAGUACAAGGGUAACCCCUUGGAUCCUCCUCUCCGCUCUCGCUUCCAGGCCAGAGAUGUCUAUUACCUUCCAUUUAAGGACCAGUUGGAGCUGUUGUACACAGCUGGACCAAACAUCGCUGCAGAGAGGGUGUCCCAGCUGCUGUCUCUAGCCACCACGCUGUGCUCGCAGGAAUCGUCCGACCUCGGCCUUCCCGACUUCCCUGUGGACAACCUGCUCCCUGCGCUCCAUGUGUUGAACGCUUUCCCCAUGCUGUCCUCCCAGCAGCUGGUCCAGAGACUUUACCCCUACAACAGCAUCCUGGGAAAGGAUGGACGCGCCGCUGUGGAGGGCGUGCUCAGCAGAUUUGAGCUUCUGGACGGUCGCCGUCAGCCAGCUGCCAGCGCCGUUACGAGCGUCUCCAGGGCGACGGACCGUGAGGGCCGCGCAGAUGUCUCGUUGCGCGUCGCCGACAAGGACGUCACCUUUCAGGUUCCAGCGGGCGUCAAAGAGACGCGUCCACCAAACAGCAGCCUCGCUUUCAUCAGCACGCCGAGCCACUCGCAGCUGAUGGCUGAGAUGAUGCAGUCGCACAUGGUGAAGGACAUUUGUCUGAUAGGCGCCAAGGGUUGUGGCAAGUCGGUGAUAGCCAGAGAGUUCGCUGAGAUGCUGGGUUACAGCAUCGAGCCGCUCAUGCUCUACCAGGACAUGACGGCCAGGGACCUUCUCCAGCAGCGGUUCACCCUCCCCAACGGAGACACGGCGUGGAGGCCGUCGCCCCUGGUCACCGCUGCCAUCGAGGGCAAGCUGCUGCUGCUGGACGGAAUCCACCGGGUCAACCUGGGAACCCUGGCGGUUCUGUCCAGGUUGCUCCACGACAGGGAGUUGGAUCUGUACGAUGGGACCAGGCUGCUGAGGUGGGACAGAUACCAGACUCUAAAGGAACAACUGCAGUUCAGUGACGAGCAACUGAAGGAGAGGUCGGUGUUCCCCAUCCACCCGUCCUUCAGGGUGCUGGCUCUGGCCGAGCCCCCCGUGGUGGGCGCCGGCGCCGGCAGCAGAGGUCAGCAGCAGUGGCUGGGCCCGGAGCUGCUCACCAUGUUCCUCUACCACACGGUCAGCCCGAUGGCCGUCGCCGAGGAGAUGGACCUCAUACAGGGACUGGCCCGCGAUGUUCCAAAGGAAGCGGCGGAGCAGCUCCUGCACCUCACACACAGUCUGCGCAAGACGAACGACCCCACGGCACAGUCUCUGGCCUCUUCUCUCUCCACCAGACAGCUGCUGAGGAUCUGUCGCCGUCUCUCUCGGUACCCCGAGGAGAGCAUCGCUCACGCUGUCAAUAAGGCUUGUCUCUCAAGGUUCCUGCCCAGCCUGGCUCGCUCCUCUCUCGAUAAAAGCCUCGCCGACUGCUCCAUGCAGGACACGGCGGAUCCAUCUGAGCACCUUCGUGACCUGAGCUGUUCGAUAAAGGACGGCGUGUUGACUAUUGGCAACGUGUCUGCUCCCGUCCACAGCGCCACUGAGAAAAUGAAGGUUCCAGAUGUGCUGUUCUACGAUAAUCCCCAGCACAUGAUGGUGAUGGAAGACAUGUUGAAAGACUUUCUUUUAGGAGAGCACCUCCUCUUGGUGGGCAACCAGGGCGUCGGUAAGAAUAAAAUAGUGGACCGAUUCCUGCACCUCCUGAACCGGCCCAGAGAAUACCUGCAGCUCCACAGAGAUACGACCGUCCAGACUCUGACCCUGCAGCCCUCCGUCCGAGACGGCAUCAUCAUGUACGAGGACUCGCCACUGGUGAAGGCAGUGAAACUGGGUCACAUAUUGGUGAUUGACGAGGCGGACAAAGCUCCCACUAACGUCACCUGCAUCCUCAAAACCCUGGUGGAGAGCGGAGAGAUGAUCCUGGCCGACGGACGCAGAAUCCUCUCAGAUCCCCGAGAGGCGGAGGGGAGGCCCAACACCAUAGUCAUGCACCCCGACUUCAGGAUGCUCGUCCUCGCCAACCGACCCGGUUUCCCCUUCCUGGGCAAUGACUUCUUUGGAGCCCUCGGGGACAUCUUUAGCUGCCACGCGGUGGACAAUCCGAAGCCCCAGGCGGAGCUGGCGAUGCUGAAGCAGUACGGCCCCGACGUUCCCGACGCCACGCUGCAGAAGCUGGUGGCCGCCUUCGGGGACCUGAGGUCCAUGGCCGACCGGGGCACCAUCACCUACCCCUACUCCACCCGGGAGGUGGUCAACAUAGUCAAACACCUCCAGGUAUUCCCCGAGGAGGGUUUGGCCAACGUGGUGCGAAACGUCUUCGACUUUGACGCGUAUAACAAAGACAUGCGAGAGGUCGUCAUCGAAGCGCUGCACAAGCACGGGAUUCCCAUUGGAGCCAAGCCCAGCUCCGUCAACCUGGCUAAGGAGUUGCCCCUGCCGGAGGUCCAGAUGACGGGAUACUGGACGAUAAACCAAGUUGGCAACGCUCGGCGCAAACUGCUGUGUCCCACUGAGACGCGCCCCAUAGACAUAAAGGGCCCCGCGUUUCUGCGUGUUCAGAGUUCCCCCUGCAGCAGACAGGAGAGCAGGGCUCUGAGUUUCAGCGAAGAGAAAGCCCACUGGCAGAUUCCCAUGGACGAAGUCAACAUCAUCUGCGACGUCUCCACCAAAGAUGAUGAGCUGUACGUGGCCACGUGCAACCCCGUGUCGCUGUACUCCAUGAAGGAGCAGGGCGAGACCAUUCGGUGCAUGGAGCUCUACGACGUCUUCCCCCGGACCAUCAGCGGCGUCUGGCAGCCGUUGGUCACCGUGGCGCCGCUCGGCAGUCCUCUGGACGGACAGGUGGUGCUGCACGAGGAGCAGAGUAACACGGUGCUCCAUCUGGACAUGCAAACGGGCGCCGUGCGGAGGCUCGUGCUGUCUCCGGACACGGAGCAGUCCUCCACCAAAGCCUCCAGCUGGUGGAGCAGUAAGGGGCCACAGGGAGCUCAUAAAAUGUGCCACGACUUUGCACACAAAAACUGGCUCCUCUUCUAUAAGGAGGAAGGCAACCAGCUGGAGGUGCUGGACGUGCUGGAGGGCCGGGUUCACUCCAUCUCACUUCCCAUCAACCUCAAGUCCGUCCACCUGGUGGCAGAGGACCGCUGGCUGCUGCUGGAGAGCAACACCAACAAGAAGUUCCUGCUGACCAAGCCCAUGCAUAUGACCGCUGAAGAGGCGGGCGUGUGUCAGCUCCACAGCAUCAGCGAGGACUCGGCGAGCUCAGGACACGGAGCCACCUCGGCCGAGGUGUCCGCCCCCCAGAUGCUGUCGUGUGAGCAGCUUCCCAACGAGAACCUCACCGCCGCUCUGGACCAGAAGAUUGUUUCACCUAACCGCAUUCUGGCCGACGGCGGCUCCUUCGCCCGGGUCGUGGUGGGCUUUCCGGACCUCGUGUCCCCCAACGAGGUGUACAGCUUCAAGAGGCCCGUGGACCUGUCGCUGGUGAAGGGGGCUGACAGCGGGGCCCACGCGCUCCUGAGAGGGGGUCUCCGCUCCAGCCCGGCCCGACGGGACAACUGCGUGGGCCUGCUGUCGGCCAAUCAGGUGGUCCGGGCGCUUCCACCCGGCAAGGUGCCCCUGAGGGAGAUCUACCCCAAAGACGUCACCCCGCCGAUGACGGCGGCGUACCUGGAGGUGACGGAUCUCAACUCCAAGAAGGUGAAAUACAUCCCCGUGCCGAGGUCGAUGACCGUGUCGCCUUACACCAGCUGGCUGUCCAAGGUGUCGGAGUCGGACGUGCUCGUGGCGGCUCUGGGUUCCGGCGGCGUGGUCACGGUGGACAUGGGCGGGUACGUCCGGCUCUGGGAGACGGGAUCGGACACCCUGCAGCGAUCGCUGAUGGAGUGGCGGAAUAUGAUCGGGUCGGAGGAUGGCCGACCAGUACAGAUCACCAUCCAGAGGGACAGCGGCCUGGACGUCACCGCCCCGAAACAUGGCAAGGUCGACGCCAACAACGACCCCCACGUUGGGGGAAACCAGUGGGCAGGAGGCACAGGCGGCAGGGACACGGCGGGGCUGGGGGGCAAAGGGGGCCCCUAUCGGCUGGACGCGGGACACAAGGUCCACCAGGUCUCCCAGGCUGAGAAAGACGCCGUGCCGGAGGAGGUCCGCAGAGCCGCCCGGGAAAUGGGCGAAAAGGCCUUCAAAGAGAAGUUGAAGGAGAUCGACAUGAGCGAGUACGAUGCCUCCACCUACGAGCGCUUCUCCAACGCCGUCCGGAGACAAGUCCAGUCUCUGCGCAUCGUGCUGGACAGUCUGCAGGCUAAAGGGAAGGAGCGGCAGUGGUUGAAGAACCAGGCGCUGGGAGAACUGGAUGAUGCCAAAAUCAUUGAUGGGCUGACCGGAGAGAAGGCCAUAUACAAGCGCCGGGGCGAGCUGGACCCAGAGCUGGGCAGUCCUCAGCAGAAGCCCAAGCGCCUCCGGGUGCUCGUGGACGUGUCGGGCAGCAUGUACCGCUUCAACGGCGUGGACGGCCGGCUGGAGCGCUCCAUGGAGGCCGUGUGCAUGGUCAUGGAGGCUCUGGAGGGCUACGAGCACAGGUUCAAGUACGACGUCGUGGGACACUCGGGCGACGGCUACGACAUCGAGCUGGUCCGAGCGGACAAAGUCCCCAAGAACAACAAGGACCGACUCAAGGUCCUCAAGAACAUGCACGCCCACUCGCAGUUCUGCAUGAGCGGCGACUUCACUCUGGAGGGCACCGACGCCAGCAUCAAGGAGCUGGCGCGAGAAGAGGCCGACGAGCACUUCGUGGUGGUGCUCAGCGACGCCAACCUGGAGCGCUACGGCAUCCGGCCCGAGCGCUUCGCCCCAGUCCUCACCGCGGACCCGCAGGUCAACGCCUUCGCCAUCUUCAUCGGGUCCCUCGGCGAUCAGGCCGAAAGACUCCAAAAGACCCUUCCAGCAGGGAGGUCCUUCGUUGCCAUGGACACCAAGCAGAUCCCUCAGAUCCUGCAGCAGAUCUUCACGUCCACGAUGCUGUCCAGUGCAUGAGGCUCACCGCUCCCCCCGCGGGUCCAGUGCCUCGCGGCGCGUCCCGAGGCCGCUUUCAGCAUCAGAUCAUAUCACUUUAUUUCAGCUGCAUCAGAACCGAAGAUUCUCCCCGACGGGAAGAGACCGCUGUGUUUUUAUUAUUUCGAUGGCUGACCGCUCAGCCGCUCUGUCGUGUCCCUCUGGGUGUAGCUGCUGCGCCUUUGAUGGUGUGUGUGUGUGUGUGUGUGUGUGUGACUGUAACAUGAGACCCGCUGUCUGGGUAGCAACAGUGACGGCGUGGAUGCCAGCGGCCUGUCUCGUGCCCCAUUUGGGGAUCAAGAGUACGACCUGCUGUUGUCCUUCCCGGUUGUCGCCUGACUGCACUGACGCACGCAGGGCGGAGGAAGGGGGCGGGGGCUUGGGGGGCGCGCGCGUCAACUUGAACGCGCUCUCCUGCCUUUGGACUUCCUGUGUCGUCCGUCUCGCAGGAAGGAGACACCUGACCCGGCCAUCCGAGCGGCGGUAACUCGGCUCCACAGGAAUGCUGGGACUGCGAGCGAGGAAUUUCCCUUUUUCCUUCUCCAUGGAGAUCCCCUUUCACUGCCCCCCCCUCCACACACACACUCACACACACACACACACACACACACACACACACACACACCACACACACACUCCUCUUCCUCCCUCAGACACCUUCCGAAGAGGGGAAAGAGCGCACAGAGCUGUUUUGGUGCACGAUCUAAUUAACACAUGGCACGCGGAAUCGGUUUGGCCUCUGGGGGCCUCUGGGGGCCUCGUAGGAUCAAUAGCCUUCAUUACCAUCAGCCUCCAUUGAUCGCUCUGACGCAUGUCCGGGGCUUAAAUCCAUUUGACCCUCGCUCUUACUCUCACUCUGAGUUGUGGAAAGAGUAAGCAUUUCAAGUGUGCAAAUCGGCAUAUUAAAAUCUAUUAAAAAUCGUAUUUAACUGUACAUUGUUGUGUAAAUGUAAAGUUCAAAAUUGUAAUAAAUCCAAUCAACACGGCGCAGUUGUUUACUCA